ACUUUUUCUUUUCUCAGGGCCACCCUAUUCUUUCUUCUCUUCCUCCUCUUCCUGAAGGUGGAGACGUGGAGGAGCGUGCCGUUGUCGACGAUGACAACCAAAGCACCACUCGCCCUGCCACUGAAAUCGCGGGUUCUCACAAAUACGCGGCUUCUGCUGAAUCAGAGGCCACUGCCUCGACACACUCUCUUCUUCAUGCUUCAAAGAGGAAGAGAGACGACGUAAAAGAUUCCGGCACUUCCAAAGCCGAAGAAGCUGAGCCUUCUCAAAAAAAGGCAGCUUUUAACCCAUAUACUGAUGCCCUCGUCAGCUCUGAUGAGGAAGAAGAACAAGCUGUUGAUGCUACUGCACGAACGAGUACGUCGCGUACUUUGAUUGUGUCGGAAGCUCAACAUGAUGGGGAUGAGUCUUCUCCUCCCCAACAAGACAUCGUGCAACCAUCGCCAGUGGAGAGCCCCCGAGCCUCUCCAUUGGAGGGAACGAGAGUGGACCCAUCGAGAGAGUCUAUCCAAUUCCCUGGUGGAUCUUCGACACCGUCAUUGGAUGAUCCUUUGAUGAAAGAAUUUAUUCGCCUUGGUACCCAAUUUGUCGGGUAUCGUGACUACACCAAGAAGCUCGAAGGAGAUCUGGCGGAAAGCAACAAACGUGCGGAUGCUCUUGCUGCUAAGUUGAAGCAGAGCGAAGAAAAUCGCCAAAAAGCUGAAAAGGCUGCUGCCACCGUUCCAGAUCUUCGAGAGAGGCUUCACAGAGCUGAAACUUCAUUGAGUGAUAACAUAACUCAGCAAUCAGCUCGAGAGGCAGAGAUUCUUUCCCGCUUGGAAUCACAGUGUCGGCGUUUUGUUAGGCGGACGCAUCAAGAGUAUGAGGUUGACGGUCCUGUGGGUGACGAGCUUCUCGACGCGCUGACCCAUGCCGAAAUUCAUGGGGAUGAAGCACGCGACGGGCUUGAAAAUGCUGAAGCUGGCUUGCUGAAGCUUUUCCCUUAUUUCUUUCCGAAGAAAGAGACUCCCGCUACUUUUGUAGAGCUCGCAAAAACCUUCAAUGGACCCGAAGAUCUUGGGCUGAAACUUCGCCAAGAAGGCCUGAAAAUUGGCGUUGAAGGCACCAUUGCGCUGACUGCUAAUAGCCAACAAGACGUCGACUGGUCCAAGGUUGGCGACAUAGGGGAGAUGGAGACAAAGAAAUGGCAAUCUCUGAUUAGAGCUGCCAAACCUUCGGCAAGACCCAUCCUCUCCUUCCUUGGUGUUAAACCAACGCCUGCUCCAAGCGCAUCCAAGCCGGAGGUCAAGUAGACCACCUUGUCUUUUUUUUACUUCUAUCUUUUGAUGCUAGCGCCUUAGUCCUUCUGGCGGUGAUUAGAUCUUCUAGGGAUCCUUCUUUUGUA